UUCUCUCAACAUUUCUGUGACGUUUUUGCAACGUGAUAUCGUUCACUGGAAAUGUCUCAACUUCCGCCUCUUCUGUGCAGCGGAGGGAGCAACAGAAACGUUACUUAAACGGUGUAGAAACGUUUCUCCGGGUCUCAGUGUUCAGUAACUUAAAUGGAGCAUGUUAACGGAGACAACCGGGACUGGCCGCUGCAGCGACGAGUGGAGGGUAUUGUGAACAAACAUAUGGCAGACAUUGCUCGAGAAACCCUCCAGCAGAGGCUGUCUGCUGCGUCCGAUGAGAUGCACAGUCUGGCUGAACAUGUCUCCAGACGCUCCUCAGGGGAAGAGUUCAAAGACGAGUCCCGAAGAGGGGACGUGAGCUUCGGCAUAGAGCCGCCGCUCUCCUCCGCCUGCAGCUCCGGAGCCGCUGACAAGUCACUUUGUGCCCCAUCCACAGAGACUGCUGCUCAGAGGAAGAUCAUUGCUCUACUGGUGGAGAUCAAAGAGGAGCAGCAGAGGCAGUGGGCAGUGCUGAGGGAUCUUCAGGCUCGACUGCAGGGUCAGACCGGCUACGAGGAAGAGGAUGUGGAGGCUCUGGACAUGGAUCUCCCCCUGAGGACCCUGGAGCAGCUGGAUGAGAUGGAGAGACAGCUGGAUGAUGCAGGAAUACAAAAGAGAAUUGUGUCAUACCUAUCACGGAUGGGCGGGGCGACGGUUGACGACGCAGUGAGACGUCUUAUGCAGGCUGUGCUUUCAUUCGCCGUUGGUUCUGAACUCAACUGGGUGGGCCGCGGACAAAAGAGAAGCUUCAGGAACACUCGCCUCCAAGGGGUCCUCUUCUGUGCUCUGAAACGAACACCAGUGGGUAAGGAGGCCACGCAUCACCAGUACGCUGACGUGGUGAAGAAGUGGCUGCGGUUUGCUCCAUUCAGACAGGGAGGGACCGGCCGUCGCUGCUACAAACCUCCGAUGGAGUUUCCAGAUUCUGAGGAAGCUGACAGUUUUAACCAAAGCUGCACACACUGACAUUUAUCUAACUUAUUAGGUAUCCCCAAAAUACCUAAACAUUAGGGUGUCCAUUCAGAGACAAGAUAUCCACAUGCUAUGAUAGCAAUAUUAUUUCUUAAAGACACCUGCAAACUGUACACAUCGGGUGUUUUUCCUCCUCCAAAAUGUCCUUUUAAAGAGCCCAAAUGAUGAGACAUUUCUCCCAAUUCAGUGAGCUGUGUUAAAGACGGAAAACCUAGCAAUGGUGUGCCUUUCAGAACUUCACUUAAAUAUUUUAACAUUUGAUAAAAAUGCAAUCUUUCUUUUGAAUAUAUAUCAGUCAGUGCACAUCAGUCUCAAUUGUUUAUAGAUGGAUAUGAAGUGUCUUGGAAUGAAACCAUCCAGUGUAUUAUAUUUUCUGUAUGUUAAAGCAUUGUUUCACCUAUUGUACAUUAUUUUCUCCCUUUUAAUUGCCUAAUGCAGGGUUGUAACUCCACUGAGGGCAUGUGAGGAUUAGUACAGUGGAUGUUCACAAUUUAUACUGUAGGGGGCGACAAAAUCAAAGCAUUUGUCUCAGAGUGCUUAAAGUUAAGAUGUGGUCUGUCAUCUCCGGCCUCAAAAUGAAACCAUAACAUCUAAUAGAAUUUUCAAAUUCUCAGUAAACUGAAGACAAUAUUUCCCAGAAAAAGCGCUUUUUUUCCACAUGUUCUUGUGUCUCAUUUUGAUUUGUUGGUGUGUGUUUUUUGCCAAGUUGCUGGUGUACGAUUUAUUAUUUUAGUAAUAAAUAACUAUUCAUUAAAUUUUGUAUCUAUA